CGGAGCCGGAGCCGGGCGCGGGGCGAUGCCGGCGGCGCUCCCGGGCCGCUCGGGGCCGCGGCGGAGGCGGCGGCUGCUGCUGCUGUGCGCGGGGUGGCUGCUGGCCGCCGCCUGCCUCGCCGGGGCCGGGGCCGGGGCCGGGGCCGGGUGCCGGCACCGCUGCUGCCCCGGGAGGAACAACGAGUGCUGGGCUGCGGGCGGCGGGCGGGCUCGCUGCUACUGCGACGAGUACUGCGAGAAGACGGGCGACUGCUGCGAGGACUACGGCGCGGUGUGCCGGCGCGCCGCGCUGGACUGCGUGGUGGGGCCCUGGGGGCCCUGGGGCGGCUGCAGCUCCCGGUGCGGCGCGGGCAGCACGGCCCGCACCCGGCACGUCGCCGUCCCACCGCGGCCCGGCGGGCGGCCCUGCCCCGACCUCCGACAGCGCCGCGGCUGCCUGGGGGACGACGCGCUCUGCCGCACGGCCAAAGAGGUGGCCAUGAUACUCCCCGACUCCUUCAAACGGCGCCCGGGGGAUGCUGCUGCGCCGCGGGCGGAUGCACCGCCGAGCUACUGCGGGUUUUUCCGCCUGAAGCAGGUGGGAGCCGCCUGCCGCCGGGGCGCCUGGAGCAGCCGGCUGCGGCGGGAGCAGCGGGUGUGCGUGGAGUGCCGGGGGGCCGCGGGGAGCAGCCCCCGCUGCGGCGGCGACGGGCUGCCCGGAGCCAGGACGUUCUGGACGGCCGCCGCGGUGGCGGGCUGCCAGGGCUCCUGGGUGCGGGAGGCGCUGCGGGAGCGCUGCGCCUGCCCCCGGCGCUCCCUGCUCUUCGUGUAGCCCCCCCGGCCCUGCCCGCGCCCCCCGGGAAGGCCCGCCGGAGCCGCUCUGCCCUCGAGCAGAGGGUCUUGCCCAAGGAGAGCGCGAGGAGAACGCCUGCACCCCCUUACGAAGCCCGGAAAAGAGGAAACCGCUGGAGCCGUGGCGUGGAAGUCGGCGUCGGAGGAAGGACGGAUGACGGCAGCGGCGCCCGGUGCGCUUCCCUCCGCGGCAGCCCGAGCCAGGCCGCGGGGGCGACGGCGGACGCGGUUUCUGCCCCGCGGUGGGCUUGUGCGUGGAGCACCGCUGCGGCGUCCCGUCCGCAGACCCGUCUUGGGGGACCCGCGAGUUAACGCGGCUGCGGCGAGGCGUUGCGUGGUGUGAGGGGCGCCUCGGCCCCGCUGUGCUCGGUUUGUGGAGUGAGAAUUAAAACGGGAGCCCAAAACACGGCAAA